AUGGAAGAUGAGGACAUCACAGGAGAUUGUGGAGGAGAAAAGACAAUGAGCUCCACUAUGGAUGGAGGACUUUACAGUGUGGAUAGACCAUGGAAUCCCUCUGACUCUGAGCAACCUCGUACUGUGAGGGGUGGUGCCGGGAUUCAGAGGAAGAAGACACUUUCCUGUCCUGAGUGCGGGGAAAGUUUCAACUCUAAACUAAGUCUUACUGUACAUCAAAGAUCUCACAUAGGUGAGGAGCUUCGUUCCUGCCCUGAGUGUGGGAAAUGUUUUCUGCAUAACUCAGCACUUGUCAUACAUUACAGAUCUCACACGGGGGAGAAGCCGUAUUCCUGUCCUGAUUGCGGAAAAUGUUAUUCACAAAAGUGCCAUCUUUACAGACAUCAGAGAUGGCACAUGGACAAGAAACCACAUAUAUGUCACAAGUGCGGGAAUUGCUUUGCACAUAAAUCAGAACUUGUAACUCAUCAGAGAUCUCACAUUGGGGAAAACCCAUAUUCUUGUCCUGAGUGCGGGAAAUGUUUUCCUCAAAAAUCAGAACUUGUAAUACAUCAAACAUCUCACACGGGGGCAAUGACAUAUUCCUGCUCCGAGUGCCAGAAAUGUUUUUCAAGUAAAUCAGAACUUGCUAUACAUCAGAGAUCUCAUACGGAGAUCUCACACUGGGAAGAAGCUCACCUUGAUAUACACCUCAGAAAACACGUGGCUGAGCGCUCCUCUGAUCUUUAUCAUGAAAGAAACUCUUUAUAA